CUGCCCCUGCACGGACUGUAUCUAAGAACUGGUAUAGUGCUCCCAGACAGUUUCUUUACAUUUAUCUGACCAGAACAUAACUUAAUAUUUUUAUGUCUUUAUUUCCAUAAAUUUACUCAAAACAUAUAUAAUUAAUAUCUUUGUUUGCUUUUUAUCUUCUCAGAGACCUUGGUUUCAACUCGUUUGGGACGCUAUACGGAGGGGCAUUUGAGCACCUGCCAAGAUUGGUGGAAUUAAGCCUUAUUGGGAACAACAUCACACACAUUGAUAAUGACGCAUUCAGAGGACUUCACAAUCUGCAGCUCUUGAUUCUCCAAGUAAACGGUUUGGUCGAGUUUCCCUCUGAGCCUCUCCGCAUGGUGUCCCACAGCCUUAAAUCCAUACUUUUAGAUGACAAUGCAAUCAGUAACCUGACAGACGACGCACUCCUUACUCUCCCAGACAUCCACCGUCUUUCCCUGGAUAGUAACCGCAUCUCGCAGGUUCCAGAGGGCCCCCUUAGGACCGCACCCAAACUUCAGUACCUCUCCCUCGCCAACAACAAUAUCAACACACUCCGUUCGUACGCCUUCAGCAAUAAUACAAGGCUAGAUACAUUGAAUCUCGCCAAAAACAAGAUAAGCUACAUUCCCGACCAUGCUUUCUACGGCCUUCGUCAGCUCUCUGAACUUCAUCUCAACAACAAUCCCAUCAGGGGCGUUGGGACCAAGGCUUUUACUAACCUCUCGGCUCUCACCGUGCUAGCCAUCUCAGAUGCUAAAAAUCUCCAAGACUUUCCAGAUUUAAAUGGCACCUUUAAUCUUCAAGAAAUAACUCUUAACCGAUGUAACAUCAAGCAUUUACCAAAGGACCUGUGCUCCCACAUGACAAGUCUCAGGAAAAUCGAUCUGAAAGUUAAUCUGAUAACCUCUCUCAGAGGUCAACCGUUCUACUCUCUCUUUCAUCUCAUUGACCUGACGCUCAAAUCCAACCUCAUCCAAGAGAUUCCCGAAGACGCUUUCCUUGGGCUAGAAAACCUCAACUACCUAGACCUUAGUGACAACAGCAUCACCUUCAUACAUCCUAUGGCAUUUGCAUCUCUAGAAAAACUAGAACAUCUCAACCUUAUCAGCAACAUGUUCCCAACGCUGCCACACGAGGGCCUCUCAUCCUUGAUCACACUCCAGACGACAGAAAACAAGUACCUCUUGGACAUCCCGCCCCCCGACGCCCUACCUCGGAUCCAACACGUGGUGACGUCCUACGGCUACCACUGCUGCCUGUACCUCGGUCUUGACAGGGUAGAACCCCCGCCCCUCACGGAGACCAUCAAGUGGUUGUCCGACUCCCACCUGCCCGGGGGGUCAGACCAUGAUUUUUCAGAUUACGACAACGGCAGCUGGUUCUCUAGUAUCGCCAUGAUGGAGACCCCCUCUGUCCGACGCAGCUCCCACUACGAUAACUCAGAUUACUGGCAAUCCAGUCUAGACGUACCAGAUAGUUACUACAUGGCUGAUACCGGCAGUGCGGCCUUCAUUCAACCAAGCUAUAACAUCUCCUGCAAACCGCUACCGGGUCCUUUUCUACCCUGCCAUGAUCUCUUUGGUUCCUGGUUCCUACGCGUCAGCGUCUGGUUCGUCUUCCUCCUAGCGAUCAUCGGUAACGCCACCGUCAUCUUCGUCAUCUUCCUCUCCCACUCCAAGAUGGACGUCCCUCGGUUCCUCAUCUGCAAUCUUGCCAGCGCUGACUUCGCCAUGGGGUUGUACCUCACCAUCCUGGCCAGCAAAGACGCAGCGAGCCUCGGCGUCUUUCGUCAGACGGCUGUCCAGUGGCAGCUGGGGAAUGGUUGCAGGGUGGCCGGGUUCCUUGCCGUGUUCUCCUCCGAGCUCUCGAUAUACACCCUAACGACCAUCACCCUCGAGAGGUUCUAUGCCAUCAAGCACGCCAUGCAUCUAGAGAAGAGGCUGAAGCUGCGACGAGCAGUCAUCAUCAUGGCUAUUGGUUGGAUUUUCGCCAUCACCAUCGCGACGUUACCGCUCUUGAAAUACGGCAUCAAUCACUACCGAUACGCUGUUUGCCUACCGGUGAAGGUCGACGACACCAAAUCGCUCAUUUACGUCGCGACAAUCAUGAUCUCAAAUGGACUGGCCUUUGUGAUCAUCAUGCUUUGUUACACCAGCAUCUAUUGCUCAAUCCAAGGUUCGCACGCUUGGAAUUCCAACGACUCUCGGGUGGCUCGUAGAAUGUCGCUCCUGGUCUUCACCGACUUUAUAUGUUGGGCACCAUUUGCCAUAUUCGCUUUAGCAUCUGCCUUUGGUAAGGAUUUGAUCCCGCUGGCAGGAUCCAAAGUCCUCAUCGUCUUUGUACUCCCCGUAAAUUCUUGCGCCAACCCUUUCCUCUACACUCUCCUGACAAAGCAGUUUAAGAAAGACUGCAGGACAAUCUGGAGGAGAGUCGCAACGCAUACAGUCCUACGCAGACGAUCGCUACGAUCAGCGGCGACCAUUAGCAUCGGUCGUCAGCUCCAGGCUAGUAACACCAUGCAGACUGUUCGAACCCCGUUCCAGCAAUCGUCUGUAAGCCAGGAAGGCAUUCUGGGGGAUUACAAUGGAGUUGUUGGUGGAGAUCGGAACACCACCAAUGAGAUCCUGGAGACAUCGACAUCAAUACCAGGGCACUCUGUAGCUCCUAGACCAUCGUUUCAGUAUCAGCUAAGUGCAGACUCCUUCGCCAACAUGCUGUCCCCUGAAAUGAGCAUCACGGAUCAGGAUCAGUCAAGGAGAGGCUCAGGGUCGCCCCUGAUUGAUAAACUUGGUAACGGCAAACCUUGCUCGCCCAAAAAGGUCCAGACUGGCUGGACAAGGUUCUCGCUGCGUAGGAAACUUGGGAUUCCUUUCUUGAAGCGGUCAGAGCGGGGAAAGGAUGUGUCGAUGACAGUCGCGAACUAUGACAGGGACAACCUUCAGAAUCACGCGAAGAGAAAAGCUUCGGUUGAUGUCAGCAAGCAGAGGCGGCUGGAUGACUUGAUCGAGCGGAGCCAGGAAGUUAGCCCCGCCACAUCCCCGAUGGAGAACCACGAAUUCUUCAAUAGUCCCAACAGGAACGAGAACAACGAUAAUGCGGACAAUUUCAACGAUGCCUCGAGCUACCAUACUGCUUUUUGUGAGAGUCCAGCGAGAACUGCGGCGACACCGAAGCUGUCUUUCUCACGUCGUAGCACGGUGGAGGAAGCUGAAAUGUGCCAGCUUAUGGAUUCCACUCCACGUAGGACGUCUGUUGAUCCUCACCUCAAAGACCACGAAGACGAAACGAGUCGAUUCGUCACAAGCUUUUGCACCAGAGACAGUGUCGAUGUUGAUCUUGACGAGGAACUUGGUGUAGAUAUUGUCGCGGAAACUAACGAUGAGGACAUAAACUGGACAAGCCAGUCGGACAGUCCAGAGAAGGGGAACUCGCACAACGGGCAUCAGUCCCAUCUGGGCCCCAUCCCAAGCAUAACCAUUGAACAUCUGUCCCCCGUCCACUCUCAACGCAUCCUAAACCAAAAUAUAGAGGAUUGUGGGAAGGAUAAACAAGAACCGAUGCUGCAAAUAUUCGGAGCAUACGAGACUAGACAUAUCGGACCAAAAGAGAGUACCGUUUAGAAGCAAGUUAUUGAUUUAUUUUUUUUCAGAUGAUUUAACUAUUAAAUUUGACAUCAUUAGGUGCUUUGCAGAAAGACAGAUUCAUAUAUUUUUUACUCCACGGCUGUAUACAUAUUGCAAAGCACUUUCAUAGUCAUUUUUGGAUUAUUAAAAUGAAACUAUUACAUAUGAAUGGCAAAUCAACUAUUUGGAUAAUAUCUGUUAAAUAUACAAGGCUGAAAUUGUUUUAAAUCGGUUACAUGAAAAUCAAGAAGGAGUCUGAAUUUGGUGAUACUUUCAUUCUUAAAAGAUUAUUUUGCUGGCUCUGUUUAAUGUCCAGUAUUAUUUCGCCACCAAUUAUAUGCAUGUCUUAAAUGUUAUUGACUUUUUUUAAUUGUUGUGACAUGUAACUACGACCAUAUACCGUCGCCAUUUUGGUCCGACUGUAAUUUGUCUUUCUUAAAUGUAGUGGAAAUUGGUUUUCUGCACGAGCUUACAUUAUGGUAUUAUCAGUAUUACGU